GAGGAGGGAGUGGAAAAAAAGAAGGAAGGAAGGAGGAAGGAAGGAUGAGCGCUGUGUAGAUAAUGUUACUCUAUGUAGCCUGUGAUUUACACCUGCGAUGAUCUAAUGAAAAGCAAUACAGACCCUUCUCUAAAAGCCAUAAAUCAGUCCUCAAAUGUGAUGCACAGAUUUGCACGAUCAAAGCGACAUCGCGCUCAUAUGUGUGGAUAUUAUAUUUAAACUCUCACUGAACGGAAAUUGUGCUUAUUUUCUUCGGGUCGGUCCUGCUGGAGCUUCACCGGGCCUUUGCUAUGCAGUAAUGGAGCAGCUAUUAUUUCUUGUAAUUUUCUACUUACUUCCUACUCUCAUCUCGUCCAUACAUAAUUCAACAACCGGAGGAUGUGCAAUCAUUCGUCCCCCCAGAGAUGGAGGGAUACGCUACAGAGGACUGACUCAGGAACAGAUCCGCAGUGUGCAGAUCUUGCCAGUAGACUAUGAGAUAGAAUAUAUCUGUAGAGGAAGCAGAAUUAUUGUGGGGCCCAAGGUCCGAAAGUGCCUCCCUAAUGGCACCUGGACUGACAUAAACCAGCUCAGCAGAUGCUUAUUGGUUUGCCCUCGUUCCUGGAUGUCUCUGGAGAACGGGAGGGCGAUUCUGCAACCCUCAGGACAACCAGUAGAGGGCACAGUUCUUCAUUACAGCUGUCAUGCUGGCUUUCUAUUGGAGGGUUUCAAUAUCUCUCACUGUACCAAACUGGGCAAAUGGGACUCACCUAAACCGCUCUGUGUCUAUGACAGUAACUAUACAGGCAAGAAGAAACUGUACAUCGGAGCUCUGUUUCCCAUGAGUGGAGGAUGGCCCGGUGGUCAAGCGUGUCUCCCCGCAGCCCAGAUGGCUUUAGAUCUCGUGAACAACCGGAGCGACAUUCUGCCGGACUACGAGCUGGAGCUCAUUCAUUACGACAGCAUGUGUGAUCCAGGAGAGGCCACUAAACUGCUGUAUGACUUGCUGUACACAGAGCCCAUAAAGAUUGUCUUGAUGCCGGGCUGCAGCUCUGUUUCUACGCUGGUGGCUGAAGCAGCACGCAUGUGGAACCUUAUAGUGUUUUCAUACGGCUCUAGUUCUCCAGCAUUAUCCAACCGCCAGCGCUUUCCCACUUUCUUCCGUACGCACCCGUCAGCAACUUUGCAUAAUCCCACACGUGUGCGGCUCUUCCAGAAGUGGGGAUGGACAAAGAUCGCCACCAUCCAGCAGACCACUGAAGUCUUUACCUCGACUUUGGAUGAUCUGGAGGAGCGUGUGAAGGAGGCCGGCAUCGAGAUAAGCGUUAGACAGAGCUUCCUCACGGAUCCCGCAGUGGCUGUCAAAAACCUGAAGCGUCAAGAUGCUAGAAUCAUAGUUGGCCUCUUUUACGAGACUGAAGCCAGAAAGGUGUUUUGUGAGGUCUUCAAAGAAAAACUCUAUGGUAAGAAGUAUGUUUGGUUCCUCAUCGGCUGGUACGCAGACAACUGGUUUAAGAUCAAAGAUCCGGCCAUCAAUUGCACAGUGGAGAACAUGACGGAAGCCGUAGAAGGGCACGUCACCACAGAAAUCGUUAUGCUAAACCCGGAGACUGUCCGCGGUGCCUCCAACCUGACCUCCCAAGAGUUCCUGGUGCAGCUGAUGUCACGUCUCGGGGGCAAAAACCCAGAAGAAACGGGCGGGUUUCAGGAAGCUCCAUUGGCGUAUGAUGCCAUGUGGGCUCUUGCACUGGCCCUCAAUAAAACGGUGGCCCCACUGAGGGCCAAAGGCUGGGCACUGGAGGACUUCAACUACAACAACAAGGAAAUCACUGCUGAAAUAUACCGAGCCCUCAAUACCAGCUCGUUUGAAGGAGUGUCUGGUCACGUCGUGUUUGACGCUCAGGGUUCACGUAUGGCCUGGACUCUCAUUGAGCAACUGCAAGGUGGGAGCUACAAGAAGAUUGGGUACUAUGACAGCACGAAAGGCAACCUGUCCUGGUAUGGAAACGACAAAUGGAUUGGCCUCGGUCCUCCGGCAGACCAGACCAAGGUGAUUAAGGAGUUCCGUUAUCUUUCCCAGAAGCUCUUUGUAUCAGUGUCUGUCUUUGCCGGGCUGGGAAUCCUUCUAGGCAUAGUUUGCCUUUCCUUCAACAUAUACAACAGUAGCGUCAGAUACAUUCAGAACUCUCAGCCCUAUCUGAACAACAUGACCGCGGUGGGAUGCGUGCUGGCACUGGCAGCUGUCUUUCCUCUGGGCAUCGAUGGCCUCCAUGUCCAUAGGUCACAGUUCCCCGUGGUGUGCCAGUUUCGCCUGUGGCUGCUAGGACUAGGCUUCAGUUUAGCCUAUGGCAGCAUGUUCACCAAGAUCUGGUGGGUUCACACCGUCUUCACCAAGAAAGAUGAGAAAAAAGAGAAGAGGAAGCACUUGGAGCCGUGGAAGCUAUAUGCGACCGUUGCAGUUCUGCUGGCUAUUGAUGUUCUCUCUCUGCUUAUCUGGCAGAUCAUGGACCCACUGCACAUAACUGUGGAGAAGUUCACUAAAGAGGCUCCUAAAGAAGAUCUGGAUGUGUUGAUUCAGCCUCUUCUCGAGCACUGCAGUUCAGAGAAGAUGAACACAUGGCUUGGUGUGGUGUACGGCUACAAGGGACUUCUGCUGCUGCUGGGGAUCUUUCUGGCCUAUGAGACCAAGUCCAUUUCCACCGAGAAGAUUAAUGACCAUAGAGCGGUCGGCAUGGCCAUCUACAAUGUAGCUGUGCUGUGCAUGAUUACUGCUCCAGUGACCAUGAUCCUCUCCUCUCAGCAGGACGCUUCAUUUGCGUUCGCCUCUCUGGCCAUCAUUUUCUCAGUCUACAUCACUCUCGUGGUGCUCUUCGUGCCCAAGAUACGGCGUUUGAUCACUCGUGGCGAGUGGCAGUCGGAGCAGCAGGACACACUGAAAACCGGCUCAUCCACCAACAACAACGAUGAGGAGAAGUCACGACAGCUUGAGCGCGAGAACAGGGAACUCCAGAAGAUCAUUCAAGAGAAGGAAGAAAGAGUGACAGAGCUGCGGAAUCAACUUGCAGAACGUCAGGCCUUGCGUUCUCGCAGACGCACAUCCGUCCAGAAUCAGAACCAGAACCACAGCGUCCCGUCCUCUCAUGCGGAGCCCCCCAGCUACUCCCCCGCAACGGACAAACAAUCCCUGCCUCCGUCCUUCUCCAAUUCUUCCAACCUCUACCAGGGCGAGGGCAAACUGAGUCGGAACAACUGCCACAACAGCCGUCUGCCCCUGCUGUACAAAUGAGUCCAGGACAGUGGAAUCUCAAGAAGGCAAUGUAAAGUUGUAUCUAGAAACUGGUAAUUUAUGUACUUUAUUUUGAAGUUGGUGGGUUUUUAACUCCGCUUUUAGAUUUCUGACAUUCCUGAACCUGACUUCUUUGUUUACUUUUGAUAACUCCCUAUCUCAGCUAUAAAAUACACAUAUUAUUUAAAACAUUUUCACUGUAUUUAUAUGAAUUCACAUUCUGCUCCAACUACACUACCAUUCAAAAGUUUAGGGUUGGUAAGAUUUUUAGUUUUUAAAAGAAGCCUCUUAUGCUCAUAAAUGCUGCAUUUAUUUGAUCAAAAAUACAGUAAAAACAGAAAUACUCUGAAAUAUUAUUACAAUUUAAAAUAACUCUUUUCUAUUUUAAUAUAUUUUAAAAUGUAAUUUAUUCCUAUGAUGCAAAGCUGAAUUUUCAGCAUCAUUACUCCAGUCUUCAGUGUCACAUGAUCUGAGAUAUUUUUUUAGGGUCUGUUGAAUAGAAAGUUAAAAAAAACAUUUAUUUGAAAGAAAAAUAUUUUGUAACGUACUGUAUAUACCUUUACUGUCAUUUUCUGAUCAAUUUAAUGCAAACUUGUUGAAUAAAUGUAUUCAUUUCUUUCAACAAAAAAAUCUUAGUGACCCUAAACAUUUGAAUGACAGUGUGUACGAAAACUAAUUUCACAGUUCCUUUUAGCCACAAAAACCAAUGAUGUCAGAAAAUAUCUUUUCUUGCCCAUUAAUCAAACCUUCUUUAAAGGAAUAUUCUGAAUUCAUUACAAGUUAAGCUCCAGCGACAGCAUGUGUUGUUUUAUGUUAAUUAGCAUAAAAAUGUUUUAUAUUGGCUUGCCCAGUUUAGUCACACACAAUGGAAGUAAAUGGGGACAAUUUUUGGACCAUUUUUUUUCUGAAAUGUGAAGCUUUUAUAUAUAAAAAAAAAGCACUUAUUCAGUGUAUUAUUUGAGCUGUAAAGCGGUUUAAAUCAUCAUUUUUACAGUUGUUUGAGGGUUUCAGGGUUUAUGGUGUUACUUUGUCAUGGUGACGGUUGUAAAAUACAAUAUAAUUUUACACAGAAAAGGUUAGUUAGCAAUUUUAUCACUCUAAAAUCAUAUUUAAGUCACCCUUUCCAUUCAUCCAUUCUCUGCGUUUCCUGUUGAGUCACGGGAAAUUCAUGCUUUUUUUUAAAUGCAUGUUAUAGAUCUUAUUAUGAAUAAUUAAGCCAUGUACAUGUCUCAUUGUUGAUCUCAUAAUACUUAAUCAAAAUGUCAUAACUGGACCUUCCGGUAAAAUUGCAGACUUCUCUCUGGCAGUGUAUGCAUGAUUUUAGUCAUUUUGUCAGUGUAAACUCCACCCCUGCAAACUCUGCCUCCACUUUCAAUCCGCAACCGAUGCAUACAACUAAGUCCCCGCCCUAUAAUUUUCCUUUUUUUCGAGAAUCCAUUACACUCUAAUGUGCAUCAAAAUACAGAAAAAAACGAUCUGUCGCUACUUCCAUUUCAUCGCGACUUCAAAAAUAUACAGAUUUGCCCUAUUCACUUCCAUUGUAAAUGCCUCAAUGUAACCCAGAUAUUUGCUCUUUUUUUUUUUUUAAGAAAAAGACAAAUGGCAAUUUUUGUGGUAAUGAACAUUGUCAGUUGAGCUUAACUUUUACUGAACCUGUAAUAUUCUUUGAAGAGCUAACAAUGCUAACAUAAAGGCCAAACUGCUGUCCGAAUGCUAGAGGUUCUGGUAGACAAGCCGAGAGUUACUUAAAUCUCGUUUGUGCUCUGUCAUUAUUUUGCCCUUGACCAUAGUACUUAAACCGGAGUUCUUCAAGGGGAACUGACUGUUUUUGCAAUUGGACUGCCGUAAAUCCUUUUGGAUAAAGGCGUCUUUUAAGCACUAGGACAUGGGUGUUUAGGAAGGAUUGUGUGGGUGCUGGAGCCAGAACUGGUCAAACAUUUCUUUGAAUUAUUUUGUUGAGUGACAGCGAAGGAAGAAGAGCGUGUCUCCAUGCUUCGCUUAGCAUUUGAAGAGACUGUCACUUUAACGAGACAGACCUUGCAUUGCAUCAACAGAGAGUAUCAGAUGAAUUGCUCUAACUCAUCCAGUUCACAAAGAAAAUGAGGCAAGGUUUUAGCUGCACCUGUGAUUUACUCACUCCUAAAAGUAUUUGACCCGAGUCUGGUCGAUACUCUAUUUUCUUCCUCUGCUUUCUCUCCUCUAAUCCCUAAGGCCGUGUGCCAGGGUGCUUUAAUGGCUUUUCUGUCCUUGUCUCAACCUCUCCUGCUCCCACUGUAGUUGUAGAAGUGGAGUGGAAUGAAAUGGAAAAGAAAGAAUGAAGUAUGUUUUGGCCUGGACUGUAUAAAGCAUUUUGUUUUCCCUCAUAUUAGCGUACAGUCACAAAUACUCCCGAUCAAAUCAUCGCUAAUGGCUUUUUUGUUUGUCAAGUCAUCCAUGAUGUUUGUGAUUUGUUACGUCACAGUUUGAGUGAAAUUGAGCACAGGCCUAUGAACAGCUUCAGUAGCUUUUGCACUUUCGGGCCAGAUUUAUCACACAUCUCACGUCACACAACAUUACAAGAUGAUUUGUUUUGUUUUUUUUCCUCUGUAAGCACUCUGUCCAGAUUAUUGGUCUGUGGGAGAAACAAAAGAAAAAAAAAUAUAUAUAUAUAUAUAUUUCUUCUUCUAAAUUCAAGACCAUUACUUGGUCUGUGCAAUAUUUAUUUAUUUAUUUUCUCAAGUUAAGUCACUGUUUAAAUAUUUCUUAAUUUAUUCAAUUUUUUAUUGAUGUUUUAUUUUUCACUUGUUGUUUAACAAUUAUUUUGUGCCUCUUACGAGUAUCAGUAGACAAAUGAGUGCUCUUCACAAUUGUUCAUAUGCAUCGUAAGGGAUGCAACCACUUUUUUGUACGUUAUGCUUGAAAGCUUUCCCAAUUAUUUCCCAAUUAUAUAUCACUUCAUAAACAGUCAUAGUGGCAGAAAUCAUCAAAACUAUAACCAUACUUAGAUCUAUAAAAUUUUAUUGACUCUCUCCUCUUGUAUUUAUUUAUUUUUUUUAAUUAUUAUUUAUUACAAGUUGAGUCAAUGCUUAAAAUUUUGUACUUGUGGACAAUCUCUAUGUAUAUUUGGAUUUAUUGCAAUAUUACAUUAAUCUUUAUUUCCUAUAGUAAGACAAUCAUGUAAUACUUGUUUACACAGUAAUACAAUAUUAUGGGAUUUUAAUUUCGGACAGAGUUGUGCAUUGCUGCAUGUUUCAUUCUUGUAUGAAAAGUACUCAUGUAUAAACUAACAUAUAACAAGCAAUGAUUCACAGACUGGACAGCUAGGCAUAGUACAGCACAUCAUUUCCUCUAGUAUUUCAGCAUUCUAGUAAUGUAGCUCAGGGUGUGUGACUAUAUACUGUAACACUUGACACACGGUAAAGGUACAAUCUGUAAUUACUGAAACAGUGCCUUUUGAACGGAUGGGAGGGGCUCUUUGUAAACAUCUGUGUGGAGUCACCGCUGACGUACAUGGGAUGGUUGUUAUUAUUCUAAGGCAUUUAUUUCUCUAAAGGCCCUGCUGUUGCAGCAGUUAUGGAUUUUCCUUAAAUGCACUGUUUAGUAGUCAGGUGUGUACACUGUACCACAAGGAGUUUUUUUAAUACUUCCAAACAUAAUAAUAAAUAAUGUAAUUCUCUUGUAAUUUUUCAACUGACAAAAACUAUGUAUGUUAAGUUUUAGAAAGUUUCUCUAAUUAUGCAAACUUUCUGGAUGUCAACAUUCAAUAAACUCAUUAUUUUGCACUGA